GAGAACAAGAUGAAAUUGGAUUAUAAAAUUAUCUUGGAGCUACAGAAGUUUAUGCUACACUCAGUGAUGAUUCUACUUUGUACAGAAAACUUUCAUUAUGCAAAUACUUUAAUAACUGUUGCCAAGACGGGAGGAAUGCUAGAAGCAUGCUGUGGAAAUGCCAUGUUGAAGGUCAACAAAUUCACACGCAGUAUUACACAUGACAACAAACGGGAGCCCAAAGAUCAAUUAGAUUUCUAUAGAGACAUUCUAAAUAAGCCAAACUACCUUCAAUAUAGUGUCCCCAGUGUUGCAGUUGAUAG